AAAAAAUCACAUAUUUCAUAAAAAUUACUUGUAAAUAAAUAUGGCUAAAUCAGCAAACAGAAAAAAUAUGGAUAAGAGAAUGGAGGAGAAGGAUUCCGAAGCACAGUUCCACAAAUCCCUCAAAGAGCUAAGGCACUUCAGCUCUCAGCUCUAUCUUGCUGCUGAUUACUGCAAAACAGCCUUCUUGAACUCCCAAGACAAGACUCAAAUUCUUGAGACAACUAAAGAGUAUGUGGAGAGAGCUGUAGUGGUGGUGGUGGAUCAUCUUGGAACCAUUUCAGCCAAUCUUGAAUGCUGCAUUUCUAAGAACAAUUCAGUUUCUGAAACUGAGCUUAAAAUAGAGAGGCUCAGACAGAGAAUUGGGACUUGCCAGAUUUACUCCUACAGAAUCUCCAUGCCAAGAUUUCAGUGGGGUGCUGAUUUUUCAAGAUUCCACUCUCAUUAUGUGUGUUCAUCAGCUUCUUCGAAAGAUUCGAGUGAUGAAGCAUAUCUGGUUGAGAGUGGGAUGAGUAGAAAGAAUGUAGUUUUUGCACCACUUCACUCAUCAAGAAACUGCACACUUUUGAAGGGGAUGGAUGAUGAUGAUGAUGGUGAUGGCCUAUCAAUAUUGCCAAAAACCAGUAACUUAGUUUUCCAAUUUGAGGAGGUUGAAAAGCUUAAACGUGGCGCGAGAAGUUGGAAGGUGCUAGUGCAGAACAAGGACAUUGCUGCUCUUAUUAAGCGCGGGAGACGGCUUCUUGCAUAAGUAUUGUGGGGAUAUGGAUUGGCUUCUUGCAUUUGAGAUAGCUCUAUUAUGUAAUGAAUCCUAUGAUUUUAGAUGUAUACAUGUUAGAAUCCAACAAAGAUCAUCUCUAAAUGAAGUUUCAAUAUCAAUG